UUGCUUGCCACCUGCGAAGAAGGGGACGAGGUGGUCAUCCCCACGCCCUACUGGCCGACCUUCCCCGAGCAGGUCAAGAUCGUCGGCGCGGACCCGGUCCUGGCGCGGGCCGGGGAAGACACCUGGUUUCGGCCCACCCGGGCCGUGAUCGAGGCGGGGGUGACCGACCGCACCCGGGCCAUCAUCCUGAACAUCCCGGGAAACCCCUCCGGGGUGAUGCUCUCGCCGCGUGAGCUGGAAGAGGUGGCGCAACUGGCCCUCGAGGCCGACGCCUACCUCCUCUGGGACGACACCUACGCCCGGCUGACGUUCGAGCCUCCGCCGGAAGGGGCCUACCGCCGGAUGCAGGACAUCCUGGGGCACCGGUUCCUGGUGGCCGGCGGCGCCUCCAAGACCUACGCGAUGACCGGCUGGCGGCUCGGCUGGGCGAUCGGCCCGGAGCCGGUCAUCAAGGGCGCGGCUUCACUGCAGAGCCAGAUGACCUCGAACGCCAGCUCCAUCUCCCAGAAGGCGGCGCUCGCCGCGGUGACGGCGGACCCGGCCGGCUUCGCGUGGAUGACCGAGGAGUUCGCGCGGCGGAUGGUGCGGAUGCGGGACGGGUUGCUUGCGAUCGAGGGGGUCCGCUGCGGUGCGCCGGACGGGGGUUUCUACCUCUUCCCGACCUUCGAGGCGGUGCUAAAGCCGGGUGAGGGGUCGGGGGCGCUUGCUGCCGCAUUGUUGGACGAGGAGCGGGUCGCGACGGUGCCGGGGGUGGCUUUUGGCCACGACACCCACCUGCGGCUCAGCUAUGCGACUUCGGACGACGUGAUCGACGAGGGCCUGGGGCGGAUCCAGCGGUUUUUUGCUGGGCGCUGA